GGCUCAAAAUGUGUUGUAUUUAUUUCGGGAUUAAAUAAGCUUUUUUCCCCCUGAAAAAUAUUUGUCUUUAUGGACUUUAAAGUCGCACAAUUUUAACAAAUGAAGACAGUUAAGUAAAUAUUUAACGUUCGUCCGGCGACCUGAGCAGAGUGUAUAAAAGUGAGGCUGACGUCCCUUGAAGCCUCCACCUGCAGCUGUCCGGGAGUUAGUUAACUAACUAACGUUAAUUAGUUUAACCAAAGGGUUUGUCCAUCGUGAAAAGUAGCGUUUUUGCUGAUGUUUCCCUCGUCUGGUCUCUUUGCUGAUAUAAAUUGUCCUUUCUCUAAACGUGGGCUUUGUGAGCGGCCUCACUGUUUGUACAAACAUGCCACAGAAUUGCGGGAUGCGUUUGGUGCCUCGGAUAAAUCAUCGAUACUUGACUUUGCAGGAGUCAAAAAUGGCUAUGUGUAUGCCGACUGCGGGGCGCCAGUGAAUGAUGAGACCAAAGAUGACUGCAUCCAGGAGCUGGAGCGGAUCAACAAGGAGAUCGAAACUGUAAGGCACGAGGUGGAGCAGGAGCAAAGGCGACUGUCGCACUACCAGACUGUACAGGCAGACAGCAGAAACACUGCGCCUAAUCCUGCUGUUUCCAAGUCUGAGACUGCAGGUAAAAAUGCAGGCAGAGGUUUUCACGGAAGGUCUUCGUGCACAAGCUUAACUAAAAAGUACACCCGAGCAAAGAAGUACGUGGUUGACAACUCGAAACCGAGGACUGAUUUGGAGUAUGACCCUCUCUCCAACUUUUCUGCUGACUUGCGGUCUUACAGCUCAUCAGGUAAAGAACAAAAAGUGAAAAAGGGACAAAGUUUGAAAAGACCAAGGAACGCUCUACCUUGUGACCAGAAGAAGCCAGCGGCAGAUCAGGCUCCGCUUUCCCGAUCGCCAUCUCCAGAGCCACUUGAUGACUCAAAUGAAGACAGCGUCCUGAUUAUUGACAUUCCUCCCUCGCCUGACAAAAAGAGAGGGCGAGAUCAGAAACCAGUUGAUUCUGUUGCUGGCAAAUCCCUCCAGGAAAAUGUAGAAGAAUCGAAGGAGAUCAAAACAGCGACUAUUUUACUUUAUUCCCCACCGCUUCCAAACACUGAGGCAUACGCGGUUACAUCUCCACCUGCCCCAACAGUAGAAAAAAAUAUAGUUAAUAGUAAAAGUGGUGCUGAAAACAAUCAAGGUCCAUCUUAUCUUUAUGAGAACAAAGAAUUUGUAAAUAUAGCAGUGGAUGGGAGUGUAGUUGACCUAACUGGAUGUUUAGAAGACGGGGGAAGAGAAAGCCAGACAAUUACUCACUUCCAGGCUACUGAAACAGUAGUGGAGAAAAGUCCUGAACCUGCAAGUCAUCCUGCCAACACAGACCAGCAAGACUGGAACAAUCUUGUGGCAAAAAAGGAAGAAAACACGUUUCGGAUUGAAUUGCCCCAGUGUGAGAAAAUGGAGCCUUAUCAUUUUCCCCAAAAGAAUUCACUUUUUUAUGAAGCUCCAGCUGCUAUCUCAGACCCACCCUGCAUGCAAUAUACCAAGAAAGCCCAGACAACAGAACAGCCAGCUCAGAACAGAGUUACCAAUCAGUGGUCUUCCACAAAAUGUGUACCGUCAGUGCUUCCACACCAACAGAAAACAUCAAGCAAAAUGCCAGGACUGACGCAGGGUAAAGCUGCUGUUAACCAUGCUCAACCUGAAAGCUGCCUGGAGUCAGCAAAACUAGCUUCAGGAGAGAGCCAAGGUCUGGCUGGACACAAUUCAUCAGCAUCAAGUUUGACAAACGUAGCUGAAUCUUCAUCCACAUCAACUGAACAGCUUUUGGAGAAAGAUAGUGAAGGGUUUAUAUUCAUCGAGUCUAGCUCUGAUGACGAAGAUGAGCUCAACUAUUCAGAAAUUGAGCUGUCUGACAGUGACCCAAUGGAGGAAUGCUACAGGAUCUUCAUGGAAGCAAACAACGACGAUAAGGGAAAUGAAGAGCAGCCUGAUGAGUUUGUUGAAGCUAUGGAUGUGGAGAAACCGGAGUUUAAUGCCAAACUCCAAGCAUUGCCAGGAAAGAAGAGGGUGGCUCAUGAAGCCAAACAUACAGAGCAGCCAGUGGCUAAGAGAAGACCUCAGCCCCAGGUGCUGGUUCCCCUACGUGGGCCUGCUGUGUCGGGGAUUGCCUCCCAGCCUUCCACCACCACCAAGAUUCAGCAGGUACAGCAGGUACAGCAGAGAGCCCCCAUGCUGACUGCUUCAUUUAGAGGUGGCCAGACGUCCGUUUCUUCCGCGUUUCAGGGGAGGCCAGAGACCCAAAGUACACCUACUCCUUCAGCUCAAACCCCUGAAAACCUGCAGCUCGCUACUGUGCAAAAUGCUUACAUAAACUACAUACCUUUGGGAACUGCUGUGAUCGAAGUGGGCAACAACUUGCACUUGAUCCUCCCAGAGGGCGCCUUCCCUCUGCCUGUUUCUUCCACUUCCAGCCAAGUUACUUCAGUGCUAACCCCAAUGAGUCAGGUACAUACCAGCACUGUAGCUGUGAAACAAAUAUACCAUCCACCUGCAGUUACCUCUGUGCAAAGAUACCGCACAACAGCACCCGUGCUCAUUCCUGCGCCAGCACGUAAACCUUCGCUGACUUCUUCCUUUGCAUCGGCAUAUUCAAGUCCAGCCACUUCCACUACUCCUCAAGCUGCUGUUCAUGCUACUGUGAAGCCAAUGCCUACUAAACGUAAAUUGAAGCAGCAGUGUGAGGCCGCCAAAGACAAAGUGCCGCAUGACCUCCGACAGCGUUACGUCAACAUGUUCACGGAAGAGUUUCUCAAAACAACAACCAAUGUUAAUGAUGCCUUUGAAAAGGCACUUGCUGAAGAGAGGACUGUGUAUAAUCGCAGUGUGAACAAACUCAAAUAUCAGAGUGUUGCAGUGAAUGCACUGAAGAGGCUGAAGAACCAAAGUGCUGUUGCUGCUAAAGAUGAAAAAGUCAUCAGCCAAAGACUGAAAGGCAACAUUCCUCUUAACCUGAAGAAGGUUAAAGGAAAUGACGAUAUGGCAUUGUAUGACAGUUUGAAGGACUAUAUUUUGACUGAGGAGAGGCUGAUUGAGAGCAACUAUCCUGUCGAUCACCCAGAGAAACCUGGUUGGGCUAUUCUUUUUGCUGACAAUAAAAAAGGCAACACAGACUCCCUGAAGAGGAUCUGCUGUCGAUGUGGGGCUACAUUCUCUGUGAGCCAAACGGGCAAACACAUUCGUAAGGAGGAGUGUAAUUACCAUUAUGGGAAAGGCGUUAAGAAUAAAGUGCCCGGUGGAGUGGAGACCCGCUACAGUUGCUGCGAGGGAGUCAUGGGAGCACCUGGAUGUCAGGUGUUUAAGUUGCUCCACGGGACGGUGGUGGACACAUCAGUGGUCUUCCCCCACCGUCUGGGCCCCCCUCACAAGCUGACCCUCAACAACCUCACUGCUGAAUACCUCAGGAGGAUCAUCCAAGAGAGUGUUUGUGGCCAUGACACUGCAGAAGACGCCGCUGCCUGCAUGGAGCUUAUGUUAUGGAAGGUCAAAGAAGAUGGAAAACUGAAAAAAUGAUGGCAAUAAAACAAUUAUACAUGUGCACACAGACACACAACAAAUGUAUGCUGUUGUUCAAAUUUGAAUGUCAUCCAUUUGUGUAAAACUCUUUUGGCUCUUUUUCUGAUGACAUGGGAGGGCUGUUUAUUUUUUAGUUUAAUUACAUUAUUUGAUUUAUGUUUAUGUUCAAUUUUAAUUUGCAGCCCAUGUG